AUGAGAUAUCCAACUACAUUUGUUUCUCCUUUUUUUGUCACCAUUACGUCGAAAAUGUCAUUGUUUUUACCUAUCCAAGAAGGAAUAACACAAAGUACAGCGAGUGAUACAAUAAAUAUCGAAAGAUUAAAAUCACCAACUUCAAGUUCAUCAAUUUCAGAAAUUGAAUCUGAAUCACAACAAGAUCAAGAUCAAGAAGAAGAAGAACGAGAAGAUGGUGAUUCUGUCACUGUAUCAUCAAGUAAUAAGACUGCUUCCAUCUUUAAUCCAAUCGUUGUUAAUUCUCCAUUGCCUGGCAGUAAUAAUAAAAAGAAAAAUAUGUUUCUAAGUAAAUUUUCAAACUGUAAUAAUAAGAAUAAUAAUACGACUCAGCAAGCAAGGAUAAAAGGAGAAAACUCAACAACAAAACUAACCACAACAUCUUUAUCGUCAGAACAAAAGGUUAUAUUUGCAGACGAAAACAAUGAUUUUUUGAAAUAUCUUGAUUUGAAACCGGUCAAACCACCGAAAUAUAACGAAAUGAAUCCAAAUAAAAUGAUAAGAUUCCCAAUCUAUGAACAUACCAUACCAUGUAACAUUAAUGACUUACCACCAAAUUAUACCCCAACUGUUGAUCAAAUUACUUUAAUAUCAUUGAAAUUAGAGUGGAACUCACCUUAUGAUAUAUCAAAUUCAAGAAAUUGGAAGAACUUUAUAAUGGAAAUAAAUUCUACUCAAUUAAACUUUUAUCAUAUUGAUCCCUCUUUAACAAACCACAUUAGACAUUACUAUAAUGGUUAUUCAUCAUCUAAUGGAAGCCAUUCCUUUUCAUUGACAAAAACAAACUCACUUUAUCAAUUUACCAAGACUGAUCAAGAACAAAUCAUAUUUAACAUAAAAAGGGAUAAAUUAAAAUAUUUGUCAUCGAACACCCUAUACAAAUCUUAUACUUUGCAAUUUGCAACAUUUGGUAUACCCGUCGACUAUAAAAAGAAAUGUUUCGUUCUAAGAUUAAGAUGUGAAACUCAACAAUUUUUAAUAAAUUUCUCUCAUGUAGAUGAUAUGAUUGAUUGGACUGUUCAUUUAAACACAGGAAUCUCAGUUGCAUUGGAUCUAGAUGCAAGACAACUACCAGACUAUAGAAUAGUUCCACGUCGUCGUCGCCGUCGUCGUCAUCGCCGUUGUCGUCAUCAUCGCCAUGGGCACAAACAUAGUCAUCGUACUAAUAAUUCACGUCAAUAUAGUUCCUCAAAUGACAACAAUAAUGCAAUGCCAACUUAUAAAACUUUGAUACCAGACCUUUUAAAUCUUUCAAUAACUGAUGAUUUUACUAACUCAAUGAGGAAUUACGGAACCGUUCAACAAACAAAUGUCAGUAAUAAUAAUAACGAUAUCGUAGGAAGGAAUAGGUCAGCAAGUUUAAAUGCAUAUACGUCACAAAGAUCUCAAUUGAAUUUGAAAUCUAAAAUAAGGAAUUUUUUUAGAUCAUCAUCGUCUUCAAGAUUUAACUCGAAAAUACGGACAACUUUACCAUUGAGUUGUGUUAGAGAAGAAGAAAUCGUUCAAGAAUAUACAACUAAUACAACGAUCACUGCAACGACGAGGACCACAAGGACAACAACGACUACUUCAAGAUUGAGAUCUCAUACCAUGAAUAUCGAAACUUCAAAUUCUAACUCGGAAACUUUGCCAUCGAAAAGCUGUGAAAAUAUGUUGCGAAUGCAUGAUAUGUCAUUCCAACGAGAAUUGGAUGAGUUCCGCCAAGUAAUUGAAGAACAUAAUGAAUCUAAUCACGAUGACUACGACGAAGAAGAAGAAGAAGAAGAAGAUGAUGAUGAUGAUGAUGAUGAUGAACCGCCAAACAUAUACGAAGACGAAGAAGACAAUGAUGAUGAUAGAGCUCUUCAUGAACCAUCAAAUGAAAAUCCAAUUUAUAAUAAUGAAGAAAUAUACCCCUCAGAUGGAGAAUAUGAAGAUGAAGAUGAUAAUUAUGAAUAUACCUCGACAAUGCAAUCAAAUUCGUCCUUUAGACAACGUGCAGCAUCAACUGCAAGUUGUCUCUCAAAUAUACCGUACGGUAGUAAUGACAUAAAAUGGGCCCCAUUUCCUAAACAAAUGUCGAGAAGAAGAUACAUUAGAGAUUCUAUUCGUUGUAUUAAACCAUUAUUAGAGGAUUCUGAAUGGGUUGGUAAUGUCGUAUUGAGACCAAUUACUCCACCUAAAUUUAAGACUAAUAAUCAAAUGCUUUCAAGCUUACAACACAACAAUAAUAAUAAUAAUAAUAAUCCAUGUAGUGGCACUAGGAAUGAUCUAAAUAAAGUUAAGAAUCAUUAUUUGAAAUCAUAUAUUGUUGGUCCUGCAGGAUUCUUGAAGGCCGAUCCUAAAACACCACAUACCUAA